AUGAAGGAAUCUGUGGAGCUCAUCAAGGUGAAAGAAAUAUGUAUGGCCAUGCCAGUCCUAGUGGGGGUCCAAAAGGGAGGUCUAGCUACUGGACCACCACAUAUGGAGUAUCCUAGCUCCUUUGUGUUGUGGCCUUUGGCCGGAACACAGCCUCCUGUAUCUGGUUUAACCUUCUGGAACCAGACCUAG